AGCAAACACCUUAAUUUGAUGCCCAUUCGUCAUUAUUACAACUUACAAACCCAAAAGUAAGAAUGUCACGAUCAUUACCCUUUUACUGUAUUUGACACUUGUAGCGCAGUGAUUUUGUCACAUCUGUUUGGAUUUUGGGGUCGGUUAUUCAAACCGCGUGUAUUCAGACGAUCAUUCGAGGCAACUCUUGAUCUUGAAUUCGUCAAACUCGAGGGUUUUAGUUGUAGGUUUGACUGAAGUGAUACAUAUGGUUUGCACUCCAGGUGUUCGAUGAUUUGUUUGUGAGAGUUUGGUUUGGGAAAUUUGUUGAUUCGAUUUGUUGUUUUAGUUUAUUAUGAAUGGCAAGUGUUUCACCGUCGCCCAAUUCGCCACCUUUCAGCAAUCCUGCAUCACCCCCACCGUCUCAAUCACCUCCUUCAACAGCCCCUCCUCCAUCAUCCCCACCGCCAAGACCACCACCAACAUCACCAACACCAGCUUCUAGUCCUCCACCAGCUACUACCCCACCACCACCACCAACAUCACCUCCACCAGCUACUAGUCCUCCCCCAACUACUACUCCACCGCCAUCAAGACCGCCCAUUUCAUCACCUCCACCAGCUACCGUCCCACCGCCAUCAAGCCCGCCCAUUUCGUCACCUCCACCAACCAAUUCCCCGCCCCCAUCAUCACCAAUCCCACCAACAAGUUCUCCACCCCCAUCAUCACCAGUUCCACCAACCAAUUCUCCACCACCAUCAUCACCAGUUCUGCCAACCAAUUCUCCACCGCCAGCACCCCCUCCAUCAACUAGGUCUCCACCUCCACCUCCAUCGUCACCCGCCCCUCCAUCUAGGCCCCCACCACCGCCACCGUCAUCACCUCCACCUCCCGCUGAAUUGCCAUCCCCACCACCAUCUAAUCCGCCCACUAGUUCACCUCCAUUACCCUCUUCUAGUCCACCGCCAUCAGUUCCGCCAAGGAACCCACCAUCUACUCCGCCACCGCCAGUUUCAUCCCCUCCUCCAACACGUACCCAGUCACCCCCACCACCUCCUACAAACACAUCAACUUCGCCACCAAUAGCAGCCACCCCUCCACCUUCCAGACGACCACCUCCACCACCUUCAGAUAUCUUAAUACCACCCCCAAACAACCAAAACAACAAUGAUACAAGUCCCAAUACACCGUCCAGCAAUGGAGGCAUUGGUACCGCAGGUAUUGUUGCAAUUGCUGCAGUAUUAGGUGUUGCACUCCUUGCAGUUAUCAUAACAGGUUUAUGGUGUCUAAUCAAACAUAAGAAAAAGGAAAAGAUUGCCGGACACAAUGGAUUCUAUGAUACACCGACCUCGUUUGGCACUUCACCUAAGUCAGAAUCAGGUUUGUUAAAGAUACAAGCGUCAACAGUUGAGAUCGGAAAUCAAUCUGGAAACGACUUUGUAUACAGUCCAGUUGAGCCUGGUGGAUUCGGGAAUUCAAGAUCAAAGUUUACUUAUGAAGAUCUUAUUGAGGCUACAAACGGGUUUUCCCCGAUGAAUCUUUUAGGUUCAGGUGGAUUCGGUUCUGUUUAUAAGGGAAUGUUAGCCGACGGGACAGAAGUUGCGGUAAAAGAGUUAAAGAUUGGCGGUGGACAAGGGGAGCGCGAGUUCAGUUCCGAGGUGGAAAUUAUUAGUCGAAUACACCAUCGUCAUUUGGUUUCACUUGUAGGCUAUUGCAUCUCUGAGAACAAGAGGCUGCUUGUAUAUGAAUAUGUCCCUAACAACACACUUUACUUCCACCUUCAUGUGUCAGAGCUCGUCUUAGAUUGGCCAACUCGUGUAAAGGUUGCUUCUGGUGCAGCACGCGGUAUUGCUUAUCUCCAUGAAGACUGCCAUCCACGUGUUAUUCAUCGUGAUAUCAAAUCAUCAAAUAUUCUAUUAGAUAAGAACUUUGAAGCUCGGGUUUCUGAUUUUGGCCUUGCUAAAUUAGCUGCUGAUAUGUACACUCAUAUAACAACACGUGUUAUGGGAACUUUUGGAUACAUGGCACCUGAAUAUGCUUCAAGUGGCAAGUUGACUGAGAAAUCCGACGUCUUUUCUUUUGGCGUCGUUCUUUUGGAACUAAUCACUGGACGUAAACCUGUGGAUACAUCUCAACCGUUGGGGGAUGAGAGUCUUGUUGAGUGGGCUCGGCCACUGCUUAGUCAUGCACUUGAAACCGAAGACUUUAAACCGUUGGUUGACCCGAGGCUUGGUAUGAACUUCGUUCCAAACGAGAUGUUUCGCAUGAUUGAAGCCGCAGCUGCAUGUGUACGCCACUUGGCUACAAAGAGACCACGCAUGGGACAGAUUGCGAGAGCUUUCGAUAGUUUGGAGACCGAAGAUCUAAGCAAUGGGAUGAGAGUCGGAGAAAGUCAACUAUAUAACUCUGCACAACAAGAUGCGGAGAUAAGACUGUUCAGGAGGAUGGCAUUUGGCAGUCAAAAUUACAGCACAGAUUUUUUUACUCAAACUAGCUGGCCCCCUAUCAGUAACGAAAGGUAAAAUGGUAAAUAUCAAAACUGACGGUAUUGAUAUCGAAACCGACGGGGGAUUAUUGAAACCGACUUGUAUUCUUUUCCCAGUCCAAGGGGGAUUAUCGAAACCGACGGUACAGAUUCAAUCUUGAGAUCCGAUUCUGUAUGUAGUUUCCACAGCCAGAUAUGCACAUUCUUUUUGGCUGCACAAUUUUUGGUUUCUUGUAAGUAAACAUAUUUGGGUAUUUUUCAACCCUAGUUCAAUUUUUUUUAAUCAUAAUAAUCACACACCUCCUUUCU